AUUUACAGAAAUUUAGUACAAGUAAACUUUUUAAUUUAUGAUUUUGUCGAUAUUAUUUGAUGAGUAUUUUGAUUCUAUUUAGUAAAUGAAUUUAUUAUUAACAAAAAUGAAUAAUUUUCUUGUCGGUUUUAAUUAUAGGAAUCAUGUGUUCUGCUAAUAUUACCAGACAGAAUUUAAAUCAAAGAUCAAACAUUUCAACUCCGUCAGACGACGAUGACGAAUUUUUUCAAAAGUUAAAAUCUGAAAUAGACAAAGAUCUUUUAUCACAUUCGAAAGAAAACUACAAGCCAAACACUAAUUAUCAAGAUAUAGCAUUAUUGAAAAAAAAAAGACCUAUAAUCGACGAAGAAACUCAAAAUGUAAUUAAAAGAUUUAAGAAGGAUACAAAGCUUACAAAUUUCACGCAAACAUUAGGCGGCAAAAGUAAUAUGCAAUCUAAUUAUGUUGUUAAGACACAUGAUGUAUCAACAAAUACAGUUGCUGAAAGUAGGCGACGGAAAGAUAUAUUUACGUCUAAUAUUUUAAAUGAAAAUCUCAGAGAUCCUCUCAGUAAAUAUAUAUUUCAAAUGAGUUCGAAGGUACAACAGAACGACGUUUUACCUUUAUCAACAAACGAAGCAGCCGUUACUUGUAUAGAGUAUGAAGAAUUUCAGUUCUAUGCAAUGACAUAUCUUACUCCUCCAAAUAAUAAAUGA